ACGAAAUUCCCGAUGAUUUGUCACGUUUUUAGUUAUUUCCAUUUGAAGUUUGAACCGGAAACGUCGAACCUAUCACCAAUAUAGGGAAAAAGAAAACACAUCGAUAUUUGUCGGUAAAAAAUACAGAGAUUCAAAACAGUAAAAGAAAUUCGGUUUAGCACACCCCCCCUAUUUGCUUUUUUGCUUCCUUUCUUCUUUUAUUUCUCCUCUCAAAACACAAUCAUCACCAAUUCACACACUACACUCCAUCACACGAUUUACGUCUCUCUCAUUCCCUCGCACUAUCUAUACAAAAGCAACACAACCUAAACCUCAAAUCUCGAACACAAAACAACAUAGCAUUUGAGAAUGUUAACUGUAAAAGGAGGAAGCAGACCACCAUGGGUGGGUUUAGGAGCAGCAGUAUGGGUUCAAAUAGCUUCAGGAAACACCUUUACGUUUCCUCUAUACUCACACUCUUUGAAAUCUGUCUUAGGUUUCAACCAAAGACAGGUCACACUUCUUGGUGUCGCUAACGAUAUUGGCGAAAACGUUAGUUUACUUCCUGGUCUUGCAUGUAAUAGGUUCCCACCUUGGCUUUUACUUUGUGUCGGUUCUUUGGCUUCUUUCAUUGGUUAUGGUAUUCUCUGGCUUGCUGUUACACAAACACUCCCUAAUCUUCCUUAUUUAUUGCUUUGGUUUGCCCUUGUUAUUGCUUCCAACAGUAGUGCAUGGUUAACCACUGCUGUUCUGGUGACCAACAUGAGAAAUUUCCCUGUUAGUAGAGGCAAAGUUGCGGGAAUCCUGAAAGGUUACGGUGGGCUUAGUGCUGCAGUUUUCACGGAAAUUUACAGCCUACUGCUUCAUAAUUCUUCUUCCAAGUUCCUCUUGUUUCUUGCUGUUGGUAUUCCAAUUGUUUGCUUCAGUAUGAUGUUUCUUGUUAGACCUUGCACCCCUGCAUUGGAUGAAGACUCGACAUCUAAUUCCCAUUUUAUAUUUAUCCAAUUUUCUAGUGUGGUCUUGGGUGUAUAUCUUCUUGCAACUACAAUAUUUGGCAAUCUUCUUCCAUUUACUGGUGCAGUUUCGUAUAUUUUGGUGGCUGUGAUGAUUUUUCUUCUCAUGGCUCCAAUUGCUGUCCCUAUAAAGAUGACAUUGUAUCGUAAGACAUCUUCCAAUUCAGACUCGUCUGAGCAACGAUUUGAAUCUUCUGACUCUCUCAGUCAAGGCAAUGAUGACAAAACCGAGCCGCUGCUAGGAUCUACGUCAACAGGAAACCUUGGAAGCUCGAAUGAUCAGGAUGAUUCGUCUGAGAUAGCUAUGCUUCUUGCAUUAGGCGAGGGAGCAGUGAAGCAGAAGAAGAGAAAGCCUAAGCGUGGGGAAGAUUUUAAGUUCACUGAGGCUAUAGUAAAGGCUGAUUUCUGGCUACUUUUUUUUGUUUAUUUUGUUGGUGUUGGCACUGGAGUUACUGUUCUCAAUAAUCUAGCCCAAAUAGGUAUUGCACAAGGUGAGGAAGAUACCACGACCUUACUGUCGAUUUUCAGUUUUUGCAAUUUCGUUGGUCGGCUUGGUGGAGGAGUUGUUUCAGAGUAUUUUGUCAGGACAAGAUUGAUUCCAAGGACAUUCUGGUUGACAUGCACACAGACAAUCAUGCUGAUGGUAUACCUUAUAUUUGCCUUUGCUGUUAACGGAACCCUGUAUCCUGCGGUUGCAUUUCUUGGUGUGUGCUACGGUGUGCAAGUUUCCAUAAUGAUCCCGACUGUUUCUGAGCUUUUCGGUUUGAAGCACUUUGGGGUAUUGAGCAGCUUCAUGUCUAUAGGAAAUCCACUUGGGGCAACCCUUUUCUCAGCUCUGCUAGCAGGUUCUAUAUAUGAUACUGAGGCAGCAAAGCAGCAUGGUAUCGACCUUUUCGCUAAUGGUGCUUCCUGCGUCGGCGCAAGUUGCUUUAAGCUGACAUUUUUCAUUCUUUCUGGUGUUUGUGCUGCUGGCAUCAUCUUGAGCGUUAUUCUGACUCUGAGAAUUAAGCCUGUUUACCAAAUGCUUUAUGCUGGAGGCUCUUUCAGACUGCCUCAAACAUCUUCAAGUCGCUGAGUGUAUGUUAGUAUUCACGUUGAAUUCACCAGAAUUACAGUGUGUUGUUGUGAUUUUUGUCUCAAUGUGAUUUUGUCAAAUUCACCGUGAAUAAAAAAAAAAACUUGAGCAUAAAUGACACCACCUGUUAAGUUCUAUGAAGUUCAACAUUUUGAUAUGUCACAUGGACAGUGCUUUUACGCAUGCAAGUUAGGCUUAAAAAUGAUGCUGUCUGCUGAGAAAUGAGGCCACAAUAUGUGACGGUAUAAUCGCUGAUAUCUGAAUAUUUGUGUAUUAUUUGUUAUUUAGUCUAAUGUGAAAUUUUAAACCUAAUAUGCUUUUGGGAUUGUUCAUGCACUUGGUUGGGUUUUAUAUUCUGAACAAUUUUUCUACAGUUA